AUGGCUGGGCGCGGGUUGGGCGCAGGUAGGGCGCAGGUGGGGCGCAGAGCGCUGCAAACGGACCAGUACGAAGCAGCACAAGAGCUACGAGAGAAAAUCGCGGAGAUCGACAGAGAGACGGCGCGGCAACGAGACGCCAAGGCCGCCGUUUCCUUCCCCUCCGCUGUACCUUCCCCCACCCCCUUCGCCAACCACUCCGCCCCCCCGACCGCCCCCCCGACCGCCCCCCCGACCGCCGCCCUUUCCGCCGCCCCUUCCACUGCCCUUUCCACUGCCCCUUCCGCCGUGGGAAGCACCAGCAGCAGCCACAGCAGCGGCGUCGGCAGCGGCAGCGGCAGCGGCGACGGCAGCAGCAGUUUCAGCUGCAUGCCACCAUUGGUGGAGGAUGGUCCUCUCUCCAUGCACACCCUAAAGGAGGAGCUUCAGCAGGUAGCAUACGGGGGAAAAGCAGGGGGAGAGGAAGGGGAAGCGGGGGCGGUGAGGUGUCGCUGUCUCUUUCAGUUGGGGCAGCGCGUGCAGCACUGCAGACACGGUGAGAGGCAGGCAGCAGGAGGGGUAAGGGCUUGCAGACAUGGUUGUGGGGAAGCGGGGGCGGUGAGGUGUCGCUUCCAGUUGGGCCUAUACAGCUGUGGUGGUGGGUGUGGAUUCCUCGUGCUGGUAGUGGCUUUUGAAAUCCCUAUGGCCUCCUAUACUGCCGUGGUGGUGGGCGUGGAUCCCGUGUGUUGCGAGUCAGCAGAGUGGAUGGCGGCUGCUGACGUGGCAGGCCUUCCCAGAGGACCCUGUCAGCCGUUUUACCAGGUUCUCUUGGACUCUGCUGAUGGAGGAAGCUUCCCAGUAGCUUACGUGGCCGAGGAUCUACUAACCCUUCCCAGCGAGCCGACAACAACGAGAUUCUCCCAUCCAUACCUCUACCUUCUUUUCCACGGCACGGACUCGCAAGGCAACUUCCUUCCGUGCCGCCAGCUUCGGCAAAAGUACGGGGCGAGGUCUGGAAACUGGCUAGGGGAGAGUUUUCCUGAGCAGGCGCUCAAUGGUGGUGCCUCUUUGGGGAUGCCAUUUAUGGAGGGUGAUUUACCCGAAUGCGACGAGGAGGAUGGGGGGUGA